UUAUAGGUGAAUGGCAGGGGCAAACAGUUCAGAUAAUUUAUGGGCAAUUUCAGAAGGUCAUCUGAAAAACCGUCAAAAUUUUGUUGAAAAGACAGAAGCUUUAUCACUGGAUGAUAAAUCUGAGGUAGGCAACGGUGACAACAGCAAUGAGCAACAACAGUCAUUUGGCGGGUUUUCAGCACCAAAAGCAUUUGAUGAAAGUGUAUUUGGUGGUGAUUUGAACUUGCGAAGUGGUCCACACGACGGGAGCAUCAGUCAUGGAAGAGUCGUUGAUGGCAGUUAUAGUAGCCGUAAUCGAGGAGUGCCGUUUAAUCCGGGUUCAAGGAAUUCACCCGGAAGUUUAGCUCGGCGAGGAUUUGGAAGUACAUUUGGUGGUGGACUUCGGUCAACUAAACCGGUUGAUCCAUCGGGUAGUGAUGGAAGUUUUCGAUUCCGAGCAAGUAAUCCAGCAACAUUUGAUGCAGGAAGCAGUUUUUCUAGACGAAAUCUGCUUGUAGAAAAUUUGAAUGAGUCAACCAGCAGGGAUCAGUUCGUUCCACGAGCUGGUGUUGCUAAUUUGUCAAAUUGUUCUAUUCCGCCACAAUUCAAUGGUAAUAAUGAUAGUAAUGAACGAUGGAUAAACAGACGGAAUAGACCGGAAGGUGAAGGAGAUUCAGAGUUCGAACAAAAAAAUUUGGAAACAAAAAGUAGUUUUUUCUCAGUAGUUCCACCGUUCCCAAAGAACUUGAGUGAUAAUGCUGGGAACGUUCGGAUGCAGCAGCCCUUCCAGGCUGAAAAUUCAGCAGCCACGCAUACGUUAUCCUUGGAAGAACGUGAGAAAAAUUUUUGGAAACAAGCUGCUUGUCGUUCAUCUCCAUUCGUUCCUAUUCAGAUUGCAACGAGUCCAGUAAACAACACAACUUCCAAGUUCGGUGGUUUCAUACCUCCAACCAGUGGUCGACCGCUAUAUGGGCGAGGUUUUUGCGCUGAUAAACAAAGUGAAAGAAGUCGUGAUGCUGUACCACCUUUUUCCACUUCCCCGUCACAGCACAAUGCAGUGAUGAAUGUUGAUCAGGAAACUACACAGCAUGGUGCUAAUGGAUCCUUCCCGAAAGAUGAGUAUGAAAAGCCAAUGCCAAAUGAAGAAAUAUCGUUGUUGAACAAAAUAUUGCAUAAAAAGCUGGAAAAUCUCCAAAAUGGUAGUUUAGAAAUUUCACAAGCUCGAAGUGAUCCGAAUUCACCACUCUACUCCGUUACUUCAUUCCAGAGUUUGCGCCUGAAAGAUGAACUUCUGAAGGCUUUAGACAAAAUGAGCUUUUAUAUGCCAUCAAAAAUUCAAGAAGCAGCGUUGCCUCUACUUUUAGUUGAACCACCAAUGAAUUUGAUUGCUCAAGCACAAAGUGGUACGGGUAAAACAGCAACCUUUGUGCUUACAAUGCUCUCGCGUGUUGUUCCAUCAAAUAAAUGGCCUCAGUGUUUGUGUCUCGCACCUACUUAUGAACUCGCUAUGCAGAUCGGCCAAGUGGUUAAGAAAAUGAGCGAGUUUUUGCCGGAAAUCGAAAUUCGCUAUGCAAUUAAGGGUGAACGAAUGUCUCGUGGUGAAAAAAUCGAGGAACAGAUUAUAAUUGGUACACCAGGUAAAAUGUUGGAUUGGGUGACAAAACUCAAAGUGAUCGACCCCUCGAAAAUAAUUUGCUUGGUGUUAGAUGAGGCUGACGUUAUGAUCUCACAGCAAGGGCAUCAGGAUCAAAGCAUUCGACUGCAUAAUGAAUUAGAAAAAUCAGGAGCAAAAUAUCAAAGUUUGCUGUUCAGUGCUACAUAUGAUGAAAAUGUUCGAUCAUUUGCAGAUUCAAUUAUCAAAGAUGCCGUCAACAUAACUUUACGAAGAGAUGAACAAACAUUGAAAAACAUCAAGCAGUAUUAUGUGAAAUGUGCUAACAGAGAGGAGAAGUACGAAGCCGUGAUGAAUUUAUACGGAGGUUUAACGAUUGCUUCAGCCAUAAUUUUUUGUUACACGCGUAAAUCAGCUGAAUGGUUAGCUGCCCGGAUGGGUCAACGAGGUCAUGAUGUUACAGUUCUGCACGGUGAAAUGACAAUUGAAGAUCGAGCUAGGACUAUUCAGCAGUUCAAGGACAGCGUUUACAAAGUGCUUAUCACAACGAAUGUAUGUGCACGAGGUAUUGAUGUUUCACAAGUAUCAGUAGUUAUAAACUACGAUCCACCGGUAACUUAUGUGGACAAUCCGCAGCCAGACUACGAAACCUAUAUCCAUCGAAUUGGCAGGACAGGGAGAUUUGGGAAAGCAGGGAUCGCGAUCAAUUUGGUUUCUGAUGACUUCUCACUAAGUGUUAUUCAACGAAUUGGCGACUACUUUGGCGUGGCGAUUGAAUCGUUAGAUGCAACUGAUAUGGAUCAGUUGGAAGCAAUCGAUAAGGAUAAGUUUUGAAUGGCUAUAGUUUUGGAUUAAUGUCAGUAAGGUGCAGUUUUAGUGCUGCACUGUUAUAAAUAGUUAGCCACUUCAUUUUGUCUAUAAGUCACUCUUACGAUUAAUUUUGUUUUUUGCGAAUAACUUUUAUUAUUGUUUUCAAAUGAAAAACAACGAAAGUUUUAACUGCAUAGAAAC